UACAGACUACAAAACCCAUCUCAUCGCAAUAAAUCAUGUUGGGGAAAAAGCUGGUGACAGCACUUAAGCGUGGGGACACCAGGGCACUCUUCCUGGGCUUGGGAAUGGUGGCAUGCUCAGUGCUGAUGUAUUUCUUUAUUGGGAUCACCAUUGUGCCAAAAUACAAGAGGAGCGUCUGGACCAAAGAAAGUGUAUGCAAACUGAUGAAAGCCAGCAUCAAAGAAAAAGUCCACUGCAUAUUCAACAAGAACUUUGGGGAGGAGAAUAUUUUUCGCUACCCUUGCCUAGAAGUCCGGGUCAAUUUGACUGCCUUAGGACAGGUGGUUAUGCUGUAUUACACUGAAGACAGCUGGACAAGAAAUCCCAAGUGCUUCUACGUUCCUGUCAAUCUGGAGAAUUUUGAUCAAGUGCAACAGGAUGUGGAAAGCAUAAAAACCAAUUUCACAAAAACCAAGACAUUCCCCUGUUUUUACGAUCCAUCAAGAGCAGAACCCAGUGUUAUUUUAGAACGAUUGUACUCUCCUGAUAAAUUUGUCUUUACUUUGAUUUGGCCAACUUUAAUGAUGACUGGUGGGAUCUUAAUUAUCGUCUUGGUUAAAAUAAACCAGUAUUUGUCAGUCCUUGUGGCCUCAAAAUACGUAAGAGGUAUAUAGUAUAACAUCAGUCUUUACUUCUUGUUCACUUACCGACAUCUCAAGGAGGCUAGACAAUCUCUCACCUUUAUACACUGUGGACUCACAAGAUGUAAAGGAAACAGAGGAAGUUUGCGGCUGGGAGCCACUCAAUAUUUCUUGACACACCCAUUAUUUUGGAUUUAACAAACUUACAGAGACAUUACACAUUCACAUUUCUGCUUCAGUAUUAUGCAAUGAUCAGAAGCAACAGAUCAUACUUUCAUACACACAGUUGCUGAACAUGUGUAUUUCCACAGAAUACUUAACCAAAGGGCUUAAAGCAGCAGUUUGCAAAGGCCGGCUUGGCAUAGAGACAAGCCUGAGUUCUUCCAGAAGCUGAAGGCUAGAUUUUUGAAGUUUAUCAAUCACAUGAAAAAAAAUAUCUGUUUCACAAAGCAUAGGGGCAGGUUCAACAGAAUUCUUGCAAAAAAA